AUGGCGCUGAUCAAGGCACACUGGGCCGUGCCCUGCUUGAUGGUCAGCGGCCUCGUGUGCGGUGUAGCCUUUGCCAUCGGCCACCACUUCUUCUACGCGUCUCUGGACUCGCGCAUCGUGCAGAGCAACGCUGAACAGGAAUGGAACAUCCGCAUCGGAACCGGCAUGGCCUUUCUCGUCAAAACAUGCCUGACGGCGGCUGCUGGCUUCGCUUACACGCAGCUCCUAUGGACAACCUUGCGGUCCCGUCACGCAACGUUGGCGGGCGUGGACGCCAUGUUCGGCGUGACGACCAGUGCUUGGGAGUUCCUGAAUUCGGAGCUCUGGCGAAGGGGUUUUGGAUUGGUGCUCCUGGCAGGAAUACUGUGGGCGUUGCCCAUCAUUGCCGUCUUCACCCCUGCAGCCCUUACGGUUCAGCCGUCCCAGCAGCUUAAUGAGUCGGUACUCGUCCAGCACCUGCCCACCAUCAACACGACCAGCCCGUAUCCGUUUGCGCAGUGGGGGAACGAGGGCGGUGCCGGAUACGUAGCCCCUUCGGUGGCCGUCGCCAGACUGGUCUCGUCUGUCGCUUCUCAGGGGUCCGUCCUCGCUAUAGAGGCGCCGCAUCCCAACAGCUCCUACUCCUUGAGCUUCUACGGUCCUUCGCUAUCUUGUGGUCCGCUGGGAGGCAACGCCACUUUUCAUGCUGCCUACGACGAGACUUUCAAAGAAGCCUAUGGCUCAAACUGGGGAAUGUCGAACCAAGCGGUCACCUACUUCAGUUUCGUCCCUCAGACGGCACGCGACAACAAGACGGGUGAGACAAUCAUCAACUGGGAGAACAGGACACUGAGUGGUCUACGCGCCAUAUUCGAUCCUUCUGAGGACUUGACCGGCAACUUGGCCACGCUUGACAAUACCGCGAAGGUAUCAGACACCCAAGCUCGUUGCCGGUUCUUUGUUGCUUUCCCGACAUAUGGGUCGUUUGCCAAUAGAACGAUAGAAUGCGGUCUUUACAACUCGUCGUACCACGUGGAUCUCCGAUUUGAAAACGGCAAACAAGCGAUCAAGAUUCGCAACUCGACAAGGCUCAACCCGGUGAGCGUUGCCACGACCGCUGGUCAGGGCGACCAUGUUCUCCCCCAAGUUGCCUAUGUAUCCAUCAUGGAUGCACUAGGCGGCACUCUCAUGGGAAAGAUUAUUGCCACGCGGUAUGGAUCUCUUCAGCCGAUACGCACUCAGAUGCUUUCCACCGUCCUCACUCAAGCCCGCGACAUGCAAAACCUGCAGAGAGGGUUCGGAAACACGGGCAUCCUAGGAGCCAAAUCGGGAAGCGGUACGAAUCUUACCAUGGCAGAGACCCUGGAGCAACUCGUAUCCAACAUCACCUUGAGCCUCUUUAGCAAUUCAGAGCUGCUGAGGAGCGUUGGCAACAGCACGAUGGGGAAUGUCAAAAUAUGGACCUCGCUGAACGAGUAUUCCUACAAUCCGCGCAAUCUUUACAUAGCAUACGGCAGCGGCAUAUUCGUCACGCUUGCAGUAGUGAUUGUUGGGCUCGCGUGCAUAGGGGCGUCGUCCAACGCGUACAAGUCGUCCUUCUCGACUAUACUGCGGACGACACGAAACGAGGAACUCGAUCUGCUGGUGCCUCCUGGGGAGACUAGCGGCGCAGAGCCGCUGUCGAAGGAUUUGGCCGAGACGAAUCUGAGCUUUCGACAUCACGCUCCUCCGCCGGGCGGCGGCGCCAACUCAUCAUCCUCGACAAAGGGACCGGCAGCAUUUGUGGUUGUCAAGGGAGAAGGGCCCGCUUAUGAGCAAUUGGGCCAGAUGCAGGAUGACUCUACACUUCAAGCCACCGACACGGCUUCCAGUCGAGAUGCAACAAGUCACAGUGGCUAG